AUGGGGAGAAUAUUCCUGGAUCACAUAGGUGGCACACGGCUGUUCUCUUGCGCCAGCUGUGAUACCCCACUGACCAAUCGUGCUGAGUUGAUCUCCACAAGAUUCACUGGAGCCACAGGAAGAGCUUUCUUGUUCAACAAAGUUGUUAACCUUAAUUACAGUGAGGUUCAGGACAGAGUGAUGCUGACAGGGCGACACAUGGUCCGAGAUGUUUCGUGCAAAAACUGUGAUGCAAAACUUGGCUGGGUGUAUGAGUUUGCCACAGAGGAAAACCAGCGUUACAAAGAAGGGAAAGUAAUUCUAGAAAGAGCACUAGUCACAGAGAGUGAAGGCUUUGAAGAUCAAGGGGGAAAUGACAAUAAUAAUACGUGA